CAGUCCUGCGGCGUUACUGUUAUUGUUUGAAGAAGUGUAAAAUUUCUCUCGUAAAGGUCGAUACACUGUAUUUCAUUGACUCUCUCUUUCUUUAAAAUAUCACGGUGUUUAAAGAGCAUUAAAAUUUAAAUAAGUAAAUAAUUUAAAGCAAAUUUAAGGAGCAUUAAAAAAAUGUCGGAAUAUGAGAAAGUACGGACAGGAAAGUUAGUAUUGAAAGGCGAAAAAUCAAGACCAAAGAAACGAAAAUCCAAGAGACAAGAAAGAGAACAAGAUGUCACUGUGGAGGAUAAGGAUACUCUUAUUCAUGGAGGAUGGUGGAAAGUUAAGAAUGUAACUGAAAUUACUGGAACAGUAGCUAUUGAAUUUGGAAACCAAACUUAUAUGAAAGCACUUGAUAAUGGAUUAUUUACUCUUGGAGCACCACAUGCCGAAGGAGAAGGCCCUUUACCAGAAGAAAUAUUAACGGCAUUUCCUAUAAGCGAGAAUAAGGUUGCUUUGAAAUCAGGUUAUGGCAAAUAUCUUGGGGUUGAUAAAAAUGGCAUUGUUAUUGGACGAAGUGAUGCAGUUGGAUCUAUUGAACAAUGGGAGCCAAUUUUUCAAGAUAACAAGCUUGCAAUACUAAAUAAUACUGGAUGUUUCAUAUCAGUUACAAAUGAUGAUGAUAUAAUUUGUCAAAGUAGGACAGCUGGUACAUCAGAAUUUGUUGUUGUAAGAAGUAUAAUACAACGUUCUCAAAGUCCUAGUAAAGACAUUCCAAAAGAAGAGCAAGGCUCACUCGCAGAGGUUGAAGUAAAUUAUGUACGGAAAUUUCAAAAGUUUCAAGAUAAAAAAUUAAAAAUAAACAAAUCUGAUCACUCUGAGUUGGAAAAAGCAAAAGUGGAAGGAAAUUUGCAUGAAACUCUAUUAGAUAGGAGAAGUAAAAUGAAAGCUGAUCGUUAUUGUAAAUAA